AUGACUAUAUCAGCUAGUUCCAGUCGACUCAAGACAGACUUGCGAUCAUUUAGAUCGAUAGAGCCCAUCUUUGCUAAUGGUCGAGCAGCGAUUUCCAACGAAUGCCUGUUUUCGUCAGUCGGCGAGAAUGUCGUGAUUACAGACCUAUCAACCGGUCAAACAAGGCGUAAAUUAGAGAGUGAUUCUGAUCAACUUACUUGUUUGGCAAUCAAACCAAAUGGACGGCACCUCGUCACUUCUGCACGUAGCUUGCUGUUAAAGCUAUGGGAUGUAGAGUCGGGAGAGCUUGUCAAGAGUUGGAAGGCACACGAAGCUCCCGUUCUAUGCAUGGACUUUGAUCCAACGUCAACUCUCUGCGCUACAGGAUCAGCAGACUCGACAAUCAAAGUAUGGGACGUAGAUCAAGGUUUCGCAACACACAAUCUCAAAGGUCACAAAGGUGUCGUCGCAUCCGUCAAGUUCCACCCAGACAAGAGGAGAAUACGACUAGUCAGUGGAUCUGACGAUGGCCAAAUCCGAGUAUGGGACUUGACAUCAAGGAAAUGUAUAGCAGUCUUGGAUACCCACGUUAGUGUGGUUCGUGCACUGGACUUUAGUUUGGAUGGUCGAUACCUGCUGGCUGCUGCCCGUGACAAGGUCAUGACUGUCUGGGAUGUAUCAUUGUCACCGCCACAACAAAUACAGACUGUGCCCGUAUAUGAAAGUAUAGAAGCUGCUGGAUUCUUGGUAGCUGGUACACCCAUUCCUGGAACAGAAAGGACAAUGGUGGGCAAGAAGGAUUUGGUUGCCUAUUCGGCUGGUGAAAAGGGGAUUAUUCAGCUAUGGAAUGUCCUAUCGGGCGAAUGUAUAUAUGAACAACAACCUCAAAAGCAUGCCAAACAUACCAUCACAGACAUCAUAUACGACAAAGAAUCCAACCAUCUAAUAUCAGUCACAUCCGACUUUAAUCUCCUCUUCUUCUCCCUUCCCGAUUUCACUCAAACAAGGCAAAUAGCCGGAUACAACGAUGAAGUCAUAGAUUUAGCAUUUGCUGGACCACACGGCUCUCAUCUUGUCGUUGCGACUAACUCGGAACAGUUACGAGUCUAUGACUUAUCGAAUGGAUCAGUCGAUGUCGUAUAUGGACAUUCUGAUGUAGUCAUUUGUAUAGAUGUCAUUCGAGCUGGUGAAUACGAUCUGUUGGCUACGGGUGGGAAGGAUGGGAUUGGGAUGGUUUGGAGGAUGUCCUUUGAUAAGGAGCUGAAUGUUGAUGACAGGUAUCAGUGUCUUGCACAAAUGGUCGGCCAUACAGAAUCAAUUGGUGCUAUUGCUAUAUCACGCAAGGGCCUCAAGUUUGCUAUAACUGGAUCACAAGAUCGUACCAUAAAGAUGUGGAAUCUUUCAACCCUCAAUUUGACUAACACAACCGAAAAUCCUGAAAAGGCCAAGGCCUUGUACACAUUCAAAGCUCAUGAAAAAGACAUCAACUCAGUAGCAGUGGCUCCCAAUGACAAAGUAUUCGCUACUGGGUCACAAGACAAGACACUUAAGAUAUGGUCUGUCGAGACUGGGACAUUACUUGGAACGUGUAAUGGCCACAAACGAGGUGUAUGGUCUGUUGCGUUCUCGCCGGUUGAUCCUACAGUAGCGUCAUCUAGUGGUGACAAAACAGUCAGGAUAUGGUCGUUGACUGAUUAUUCGUGUCUGAAGACAUUUGAAGGCCACUUGAACUCUGUCCUUCGAGUCCACUAUAUCACUUCCGGUACUCAACUAGUGACAUCUGGAUCAGACGGACUAGUGAAAAUAUGGAAUAUCAAAACGAACGAUUGUAGUACCACUUUGGAUGGUCACGAUGACAAGAUAUGGGCUUUGGCUGUUCGUCGAUUGGACGAUGGUUAUGAAGAUGUUGUUGCUAGCGGAGGAGCCGAUUCCAAGAUUGUAGUUUGGGAGGAUGUGACGCAGAUUGUUGAAGAGGAGAAGGAGAAGGAGCAAGCUGAACGUGUGGAAAAGGAACAGAAUCUUCAAAACUACCUCCAAAGACGAGACUACAAAUCCGCUAUUGAACUAGCACUACAAUUAGACCAACCUGUUCGUCUUCUCGAACUCUUUGGUAAAGUGCUUGACCAACGAACAUCUGCUACAGCUUGUACCGGUUCCGAAGCAGUAGAUCAAGUCAUUAUAAAUCUUUCAGAUCCAGAUCUCGUUAAACUGCUACACUACAUUCGAGAUUGGAAUACCUCGAAUCGAGGAUCCAGAGUCGCUCAAUCUGUGCUGGGAGUUGUUGUUAGGUUUAUACCUAUUGAACGUGUGUUGUCCCUAUCUAAAAUCAAGGAGAUUCUUGAAUCACUCAUACCGUAUACAGAACGGCAUUACAAGAACAUGGAUACGCUACUCACAUCUUCGUAUAUCUUGGAGUAUACGCUUCAAUCUAUGGAUGGGCUAGUGCCGAUAGACGAUGAAGUAGCACCGUUGAUCCUGCUAGAUGCUCAAGAAGAUGUAGAUAUGAAGGAUGGAAGUGAUGAGGAUGAUGAAGAAGAUGAUAAGGAUGAAGAGAUUGUGUAG